AGUCCCGGUCCUCACUGGCGAGCUAUGGACAGGAUGUCUGCCCUCUGGGCCAGGUGCUGACAUUCACAAAGGUAAAACAACCCACCCCAAGACUGGCGCGCGUCUGGAGCCUGGCCCAAAUCCAGUUCGGCUCCCUAUUCUUUUGCCGAACACUGGGAUCCGCCUGUGAUCUCAGGCCUGGACUUGCAGCUUCGGACCAGCGGGGCCACGCCUCCGCGCUGGAGUCCGGACUGGCCCUGGCCUGUCCUAGCUCCUAGGCGACUCGGUCGGUCUCCUCCCCUCGCCUCGGGAAGGGCGCAUGCGCCUCUCACUGUACCUCCUCUCUACCAGCCUCUCCAGUCCCCAGCGCCCCUCCCUCCGCGCUGUUCUCCAGAGCGCAUGGGUGGUGGGCUGAGGUGACGCGUUCAGAGCCCAGCUCCCGCAGGGGCAGUUAGUGGCGGCAGGGCUGUUCCUGCCCUGAUGGCCGGCAGAGCCGAGCCUCCAGACGGCGGCUGGGGAUGGAUGGUGGUGCUCUCGGCGUUCUUCAUGUCCGCGCUGGUGUUCGGGGUACUGCGCUCCUUCGGCGUCUUCUUCGUGGAGUUUGUCGCGGCGUUUGAGGAGCAGGCAGCUCGUGUUUCCUGGAUUGCCUCUAUAGGAAUCGCGGUGCAACAGUUUGGAAGUCCAAUAGGUAGUGCCCUGAGCACGAAGUUCGGGCCCAGGCCUGUGGUGAUGACCGGGGGCAUCUUGGCUGCGCUGGGGAUGCUGCUCGCUUCAUUUGCUACCUCCUUGCCCCAUCUAUACCUGAGUAUUGGGCUGCUCUCAGGUUCUGGCUGGGCCUUGACCUUCACUCCGACCCUGGCAUGUCUGUCCCGUUACUUCUCCUGCCGUCGGUCCCUGGCCAUGGGGCUGGCACUAACAGGAGUGGGCCUCUCCUCUUUUGCAUUUGCUCCCCUCUUCCAGUGGCUGCUCAACCGCUAUGCCUGGCGGGGGGCUCUACUACUGGUGUCUGCUCUCUCCUGCCACAUUGUAGCCUGUGGUGCUCUCCUUCGCCCACUCUCCCUGGCUGAAGAUACUGCUGUGGGUGGCCCUGGGGCCCAACUAACCUCCCUCCUUCAUCAUGGGCCCUUCCUCCGUUAUACUGUUGCCCUCACCCUGAUCAACACUGGCUACUUCGUUCCCUAUGUCCAUCUGGUGGCCCAUCUCCAGGACCUGGGUUGGGACCCACUGUCUGCUGCCUUCCUACUCUCCGUGGCUGCUAUUUCUGAUCUUGUAGGACGUGUGGCGUCUGGUUGGCUGGGAGAUGCAGUCCCAGGGCCUGUGGCACGACUUCUGAUGCUCUGGACCACCCUGACUGGAGUAUCAUUAGCCCUUUUCCCUGUGGCUCAGGCUUCCAUAGCCUUGGUGGUUCUGGCUGUGGCCUACGGCUUCACAUCAGGGGCCCUGACCCCAGUGGCGUUCUCUGUCCUGCCUGAACUGGUGGGGACUGGAAGGAUUUACUGUGGCCUUGGACUGUUGCAGAUGGUAGAGAGUGUUGGAGGACUGCUGGGGGCUCCUCUGUCAGGGUACCUCCGAGAUGUGACAGGCAACUACACGGCUUCUUUUGUAGUGGCUGGGGCCUUCCUUCUUGCAGGAAGUGGAAUUCUCAUUACUCUGCCCCACUUCUUUUCCUGCUUCUCAGCUCCUACUUCCAGUCCCCAGGAUCUUGUAACAGAGGCACUGGAUGCCAAAGUCUCCCUGCCCAGAGAGGAGGGGUUGGGAGAAGAGUAAACACCACUAAGAGGCAUUCAAUGCCCAAAAGCCAGAGUUUGACAGCUCCAGGUCCUUCUCCUGCCUUAACAAGGCAUCCACAGAAUCGCAGUGCCUUAAGAUUCUUGAUCUAUCUUACCCAGAGCAGGCCUGGGGCUCCUGUGAUAUAUGUGCCAACCCCUUGUAUUUCGUGGAGGACUCUCAUUUUUUAUCUCCUUUGCUUUCCCAGUCUUUUCUGAAGGAUCCUGGAGGUCCUGCUCCACUGAGCUAUGAAUCAACUGUGAGAAUCAAAGAGACUUUUUAGUUUUAUAUGUGAUCCCUAGCGUUGCUCUUAAAGUUUCCUCGCAGAAGACAGAUGUUUGGGAAACAAGGAUAUCCCUUUGGGAAAAAACUGAAUAAGGAAACUGGAUAAUAAUCAUAAUCUCAAAAAGAUCUGAGGCCCAUGUGCUGAUGGAGUUAUGACGGGGUAGAGAGAUCAGGUGUCCAGGAACUCUGGCAACCCAGAGUUCUGUCCUCCAAUUCACUUCCCUGCUAUUCCUUUGACUUAGAAAAGAAAUCAAGAGAACUGCAAGGUGAUAGUGUGUGUGUGUGUGUGUGGAGAGUGGGCAUAAAAGAACUGAAGUUUGACCCGAGGGUCCUUGUAGUUCAUUUCCCCCAGGCCAAUAGAGGGAAAUUGAAAUGCAGGAAAAAGUCUGUGGGGUCUGGAUACCCAAGUAAGAGAAAUGAAGAUGAAACAGAUGGUAUCCAUGAGCAGCUCUCCUUUGAUCCCCACAAACAGACUGACUGGCAGACCUCUUCUCCAAGACUCCUGUUAUGGCAAUGACAGGGCCAAAGAGAAAUGGAUUGGCUGGACAGACAUACUUUCCCCACCCUCAGGGAUACUGGGGUCCUGUUCCUUUCAGCCAGCCUUUUGGGAGAUCUUAAGUACAAUAUUUUAAAGGUCCUCAGUUGGUUAACAGUUGUUGGAGCUUUCUGAAGCAUCAGAUAAAAAAUUUUUAUUAGAAGGAGGGGCUUAAAUGAGACAAGAAUCAACAAGUGGUGUCCAUAGUGGAGCGAGGGCCUCCC